AUGCGCGUAUUCAGCGAUCCGGUGCGCGGCGACACGGCCACCCGGGCAGUUUCUCCGCCCACCCUCGCCGCGGACUCGGCCGCAAUUGAUCCAAAUCCCUCGUUGACGAAUCAGCACCGUUCCGUCGAUCUCCUGAUGUGUCCCAAAGUCAUCGUCGCCGAGUUAUCGCUCGCACUAGGCCGGCCCCGUGGCGGCGAGAGCCGAGAGAAAUGGGCAGGUUCCGCACCUCCACGUCCAGCGCCGCACCUCGGCGAACCUGACUUUGACCUGGCUGGGCAUCCCAAGCCUGUUCGGUACCACUGGGUCCAGCCUCUGGGUCCUGCAGCGGCGCCGCUGAGGGCUAUGGGACAGACACAUGCCCAAGAGGAGGACAAACUUCAUCCGGUAGAUGGAUUUCGAGUCGAGUCGCCAUUGCCGUCGCCGCUGCCAAGUCUGGACGUCUGGAAGGAGUGCGACGCCGAAUCGACGCACACCGGUAUACCGGCCCUCAAAUCCUGCCCUCCCUCAGCCCACUCCCUUACUUGCACCCUUGAUAUCUGUGCGGCGCCCGUGACGAGGAUCCGAGAUUACUGCGCAGCAUAUCGCUCGCACCUCUGUUCGAUAUCAGUAUAG